UACAUGCAUGUGUACAUACCGGUACCGUUGUGGUAAAUUGCCGUUAUUCUAGGAAAUAGUAUACGAAGUCAUGCACCCAAAGAUAACAAUUUAUCGUCACCUACUUUGAAAGACCGCAUUACAAAUUUCUCUAAGACUCCUACUCGAAAUAACCUACGGGGCUGUGAUAUUAAAAACACUUAUCAGAUUUUACUACUAUCGCCCGUCCUUUGUAUUGUCUAUUGAUGACCUUGGCUAACACUUGUGAAUAAAGUAUAAACGACCUUCACCGCACCCUAGCAUUCGAUCCACUAAGCAUGUAACGGUAGUCGGGGUCGAGUUGAACUUCUCAAUUUAAGUUCGUGCUUUUAUACGCUGACGUAUUUCUAAAAUCCGUUAUCACCUAGAUUCUGGACAUGGGCAAACAAAUGGAUAGCAGUUGCGCCAAAUUCGUCACCGAGAAAUCUCGAACGACAUAACAAGGAAAAAGAUUUAUUUAUAUUCUACAUGGCACUGGAGGUAGCAUUAUGUGUGACAGCGGCGUUCCUCGCUGUGGUUUACUGGUUCAUUUCUCAUCAGAAACUGAAGCACAUUCCAGCUGCGCCUCACAGGAUUCCGCUUCUUGGAAACUCGUGGAAUCUGGACAUGACAAAGUGCCACCUCAUCCUGACGGACUGGACAAAGAAACUGGGACCAGUGUUUCGAAUACGACUUUACAACGAGGAAAUUCUAGUUCUGAAUGACUACAACAGCAUCUCGGCAGCUCUGAUGCAUUGUGGGACAGACGUAGCCGGGAGGCCACCCAUGUACCGCACAGCACAGUACGGAAGGAAUAAACACUCCAUAGUUUGGCAGACAUAUACGCCGAAAUUAGCAUUUUUAAGGAAAGAGGUUCUAAAGUCCUUGAACAUGUAUGGUUCUGGGUUGGAGAGACUUGAAGAAAAGUGUACACCAGAAAUAAAGCAGUUGCUAAAGGAGUUUGACGAUAGUGGCGGCAAACCGUUUGACCCAUGGGACAGUAUCUACAACGCUAUAUGUAACGUGAUGUUAACUUUGGUUCUUGGAACCACUAUGAAGCCAUUAAAUGCUAACUUCCAGAAGAUAAAAACAAUGAACUUUUUGUUCAACGACACAUUCGGGUCUGGGAGAGCACGGCGGAUUGACCUGUUACCAUGGACACGGUUUUUCUAUGAUGAAUGCUAUCAGAGGCUUCAAGAAGCCAUGUCUAUCAGGAACAAAUUCUGGCAGGAACAGUUGCCCCAUAUAAACGACAAAGAAUGUGAAGAUUGUGUUGUAAAACGUAUGAUGACUUUGCUAUCAGAAGAUAAGUAUAAGCAGUAUGACAUUACAGAAACAACUGUCCGUGAAGUGUUUACAAAUCUCAUUCUAGCAGGCACUGACACGACGGCGACCGCACUCACAAGUCUUCUGCUGCUCCUCCUGCACUACCCCGAGGUCCAGGAGCGGAUGUAUGAUGAAAUCAAGACCCACAUAGGUGACUCCCGAUCUGCCUCCUUGUCCGAUCGAUCUAGUCUCCCGUACUGUGAGGCGACACUGCUAGAGCUGCUGAGGCUGAUAUCCCACGUGCCUCUAGCCGUCCCUCACUACACGAUCUGUGAUACGGAAAUCGAUGGCUUGAAAGUACCUGCAAACAUGACUGUGUACAUCAACUUGUGGGCCAUGCACCACGAUUCGUUCUGGGUGGAUCCAUGGAGAUUUGAUCCGACACGAUUUCUGGAUGAGAAUGGUCAACUUUUACCUUCCACUCAUGAGAAUAGAAGAAGGUUGAUGGUGUUUGGUGCUGGAAGACGAGUGUGUUUAGGCAGAUCGUUGGCUAAAAACAGACUGUUUCUAUUUGCUGUGUCCUUGGUGCAGAGAUUCAGGGUGGUUCCAGAGGGACCCGACUUACCUGAGGCAGAUCCUAGAACUUUUGAAAUGGGACUAGUUCUUCAUCCGAAACAUUACAAAUUGUCGGCUAUUCCUCGGCAGAGUUGAUGUCUGUGCUUGUGUACCUUCUAGUGAAUUAAAUUGUGCUUAAAUACGCUCGAUACAGGGUGUUCAUUUUCUUUGAAAGUUGGAGGCAAUUUGAGAGAAAAUAGGCUGCCAUAUUUACGGAGUGCAUUCAGGUCUAUUAUGAAAAAUAGGUGAACGCGUCAAAAAUAUCUACCACCCACUUACUAAUGAAAACCCUUCCGAUGUGUUUUGAAGAUUUUCUUACAAUAUAAUUGAGUUAAUAAUUUAUAUAUUUUAACUACUUGUAGUUACUAACAAAACAAAUAAUCCAAUCUGUGUAAAACAUUGGCAAGCGGCACAUUUGAAAAGUGAAGAAUUGGUAAACAGCUUUUUCGAAAAUGGAGGAAAUAAAGUUGAUACAUGUUUACAAGAUUUCUUUAAAAGUAGACCCAUAUACCGGUACCAGUACUGUAUACUCACAACAAAACUCGUGUUCACUAGGAGGACUGUGGCUCAUUUAAAAAGUCAAGAAUUGGUAAACAGCUUCAAAAAUGGAGGAAAUAAAGUUGAUACAUGUUUACAAGAUUUCUUUAAAAGUAGACCCAUAUACCGGUACCAGUACUGUAUACUCACAACAAAACUCGUGUUCACUAGGAGGAAUGUAAAAAGGCAAUAAUUGGUGAACAGCUUCUUUAAAAAUGAAAGAAAUAAAGUUGAUACAUGUUUACAAGAUUUCUUUAAAAGUAGACCCAUAUACCGGUACCAAUACUGUAUACUCACAACAAAACUCGUGUUCACUAGAGGAAUGUAAAAAGGCAAUAAUUGGUGAACAGCUUCUUUAAAAAUGGAAGAAAUAAAGUUUAUACAUGUUUAAAAGAUUUCUUUAAAAGUACACUUAUAUCAGUACUGUAUACUCGCAAACAAAACUCUGGUGUUCACUAGGAGGAAUGUGUUCUACGAACAUCUUUGAUCAAUUACAUGCAGGGCAAUACCGGUGUGUAUUUGUAUGGAGUUUUACCACAUCAAUAUUAAUGGAGUACAACUAUGACAGUAAUUUGUUCCUAUCUAUCGACAGAGUUUCUGUUUUGUGCAGCAUUAAAUUGGUGGAACCAGUCUUGAGAGUGAAAGUCUUCUGGAUCAGCUUUGAAUUGCCAGAGGCAGAUCCGACGAGUAAAGAAAUGGGACUAUACACCAGUAGUUCUUCAUCAAAAAGCAUAAAUAUUGUCUGCUGCUUGUGCACGUGCCAUUCUAGUAAAUUAAAUUGGUAUUUAAUGGUU